GCUCCAGCUUCUACCCGGAGCUGGGGCCCUACAGCUCCCGGGACCCUGAAGUGCUGCGGGAGCAUAUGACCCAGCUCAAGGAAGCCGCCAUCGGCGUCCUGGUUCUGUCCUGGUACCCACCUGGCAUGGCUGAUGAUAACGGGGAGCCCUCAGAUGACCUGGUGCCCGCCAUUCUGGACACCGCCCAUCAGUACAGCAUCCAGGUAUGGCUCCCAUGGUGCAUUUUACCGCUAUAAGAACAGCAUGGGCAAGAGCCUCCCACUCUUUUAUAUCUACGACUCAUACCUGACGUCCCCUGAGGCCUGGGCCCACCUCCUGACACCAAACGGGCCCCACUCGAUCCGCAACACACCCUACGAUGGGGUCUUCAUAGCGCUGCUGGUGGAGGAGGGCCACACCCACGACAUCCUGGCCGCCGGAUUUGACGGCAUGUACACCUACUUUGCCUCCAAUGGUUUCUCCUUUGGUUCUUCCCAUCAGAACUGGAAAGCUGUGAAGAACUUUUGUGAUGCCAACAACCUCAUGUUCAUCCCCAGUGUGGGGCCUGGCUACAUAGACACCAGCAUUCGGCCCUGGAACAACCACAAUACGCGCAACAGGGUCAAUGGCAAGUACUAUGAGACAGCCCUGCAGGCGGCCCUGACAGUAAGGCCUGAGAUCGUCUCCAUUACCUCCUUCAAUGAGUGGCACGAGGGCACCCAGAUUGAGAAGGCCAUUCCCAAGAAGACACCCACCCGCCUGUAUUUGGACUACCUGCCUCACCAGCCCAGCCUGUACCUGGAGCUGACCCGCCGCUGGGCGGAGCACUUCAUCAAAGAGAAGGAGCAGUGGCUCAUGUGAGGGGCCUGGAAACGGGCGUGAGGUGCUGAUGUCCUUGCCUUGCUGGAAGAUGUCACCAUGUGGGGUUCAGCUGAGGUUGUAGGCACUCACUCGUUCCCAGGUCAGAGGUCAGCAGCUGGGUGCUUCUGG